AUGGCGAUCUGUACUUAUAACGCACGUACGCUUACAUCGGAAGCGGCCAUCAAAGAUCUGAUGAUGCAAGCCAAGAAGAUCAAGUACGACGUCAUCGGACUGACCGAGAAGAGACGACGAACAUGCGACAGUAGAGGUGUUGGUGGAGUUGGCGUCCUCGUCAACACGAAUAUGGCAAAGAACAUCGACUCUUUCGAACAACUUACGACCCGAAUCGGACGUCUGCGGAUGAGAAGAUGUGGUCCAACACCAGCUUUGACUAUCUUCGUCGCUUACGCUCCAACAUCAAGCUACGAUGAAGAAGAAGUCGAAGCUUUCUUUAUGGACCUGGAGAAGUUCUACCGAGAAGAUCAUGCCUUCUACAAGGUCAUAAUUGGCGAUUUCAACGCCAAAGUUGGUCCAAGAAGAACGCCGGAGGAACUUCACAUCGGGACCCACGACCUACAAUGGAACGGCCAGGGGGAGAGGCUCUCCGAGUUCAUCAUGACGACUAAGACCAUCCAUGGGAACUCGCAGUUCCAGAAGCCCUCCUCUCUACGCUGGACGUGGGAGUCACCCGGUGGAGGGUACCGUAAUGAAAUAGACCACAUCAUCGUCAAUAAAAGGUUCUGCCUGACGGACGUCGGUGUUGUACCAAAUUUCUAUACGGGAUCGGACCAUCGCCUCCUCCGAGGAAAAUUUUCCUUCACAAGGAGAGCGGAGAAAGCCGCCAAGUUCAGAGGGAGAAAUCCCAGAACUGUCAUCAACUGGGAUCUCUUCGCUACGUUAGCCGGCUUUUGGGAAGAUUCCGCAAUGGACAACAUCGACGAGGAAUAUGACCGGCUUGUCGAACACCUUCACGACUGCGCGAAGAAGGCUGAGAGUUUUAAAACCACCAAGAGGCGCCUGUCUCUUGAAACUCUUGAGCUGAUACGCCAGCGUGGAGCAGCACGAGCCGCAGGGAACCAAGAACUCACGUCCGAGCUCGCAAGGCUUUGCCGAGGGAAGACCUUAAAGAGAGAAGAGCAGAAGUGCUGGCUGAAGCUGCAGAGGCGGGGAAAAGCAUCCGCUAUGCCCGUCGAGACUUCGCCAGUCGCAAGACGAGGAUGA